UCCAUCUCCAGUGAAGCGCUGUGAUUGGCUCUGUGUCAUGACGCAUUCCGACCCAUACAUAAACCGCAGCGCUGAUUGGUCGAAACCUACUGACCUCGGUGGAGGCUCCGCCUUUUCUCCGGCAGAGGACAGGUUGAAGAUGGCGGCGUCCCUGAAGUGCUUUCUCCGCUCAGGAAAGAAUGCCGUGUCGGCUCUGCGGCGACGGGAGUUUCACAGGAGCGCUCCGGCCGCAGUGCAGAUGACGGUCCGCGAUGCCCUCAACCAGGCGAUGGACGAGGAGCUGGAGAGGGACGAGCGGGUGUUCCUGAUGGGUGAGGAGGUGGCUCAAUACGACGGAGCCUACAAGGUGAGCAGAGGUCUGUGGAAGAAGUAUGGAGACAAACGCAUCAUUGACACCCCAAUCACAGAGAUGGGCUUUGCCGGCAUUGCAGUGGGAGCCGCCAUGGCCGGCCUGAGACCCAUCUGCGAGUUCAUGACCUUCAACUUCUCCAUGCAAGCCAUCGACCAGGUCAUCAACUCUGCAGCAAAGACCUACUACAUGUCAGCCGGUCUGCAGCCGGUGCCCAUUGUCUUCAGAGGACCCAACGGAGCAUCGGCAGGUGUCGCUGCACAGCACUCGCAGUGCUUCGCUGCAUGGUACGCUCACUGUCCAGGUCUGAAGGUUGUUAGUCCCUGGAACUCAGAAGAUGCCAAAGGUCUCCUGAAGUCAGCCAUCAGAGACGACAACCCUGUGGUGUUCCUGGAGAACGAGCUGAUGUACGGCGUUCCCUUCGAGAUGUCGGAGGAGUCACAGUCCAAAGACUUCACCGUUCCCAUCGGCAAGGCCAAGGUUGAGAGACAAGGGAAUCACGUCACUGUGGUUUCUCACUCCCGGUACGUCAGCCAUUGCCUGGAUGCCGCCGCGGUCCUCGCCAAAGAGGGAAUCGAGUGCGAGGUGGUCAACCUGCGGACCAUUCGUCCUAUGGAUGUGGAGAGUAUCGAGACCAGCGUGAUGAAGACCAACCACCUGGUGACGGUGGAGGGCGGCUGGCCUCAGUUCGGCGUCGGGGCUGAGAUCUGCGCCAGGAUCAUGGAAGGUCCUGCCUUCAACUACCUGGACUCUCCGGUCACCAGAGUGACGGGCGUCGACAUCCCCAUGCCGUACGCCAAAAUCCUGGAGGACCACAGCCUGCCGCAGAUCAAAGAUAUCAUCUUCUCUAUCAAAAAGACCCUCAACGUCUGAGACGAGCACGCACACGCACACGCACACACACACACACACACAGGACAACCGCACCCGAGUCCUCUUUGUCUUGUUCACACAGACGGUGGAAACGUCAUCUGGCAAAAUAUUUGAACCAUGUGUAAAUACGGCGAAACGCUUUCCUUUUAAAAUACUCCAGAGUGUAAAUUUUCCAGCCAGAUGUUGGUCAAUGAAACGCACAGCUGUUAAACCUGUACCCAGAGCAGCAGACACACACAGAGUCCGGUCAAGUCCGUCACAAACUUCACCGAACUCUGCGCGUAGCUCUGGUUGCUCUGUCCACUUCCUCACAUUCAAAAUAAAAAUUUGCUCUGUCCCCCAGAUUUUUCCGUAUUUUCGUUUUCCGGUACUUUGGGCGACGACAAAACUGCUGAGUGAGCACAAAAAAAAUGUCCGGAUUUGAUCAGUCUGCGGGUCUGAGAGGCGGCAGGGUCAGAGUAACCGUGUGACGUUAACCUCCUCAUCCCAUCGGAGGAACUCUGUGUUCAGAUUUAAACUUCCUUUUUUGAAUACUGACUGAAAUGUGUUUGAAAAACUGGAGAAUCGAGCAGCGUUCGGUAUCAAAAGUAAAAAGCCCAGUUGGAUUCUUUCAUUUAUUUCCAAUUUUUUGGAAUCAGAUAUUUCCUCAUCUAAAUUUAGGCCAAGUUCUUUUCUUUUUUUAUAACACUGAAAUUUGUUGAUGUUCUCCAAACUAAAGAAUGGAGAAAAAGUACUGACGCACUCAGAAUCUGACGAAACAUGUGGUGGAAACAGAGCAGAUUUCAGACUGAGCAAAAAGUGUCUGAAGAUCUGAGUGCGAGUCCCGAGUUCAUCCCGGCGUGCUCUCAGAUUUAGACCUGCAGACUGAUUAAACUUCAUUUUUUUUUGUUUACUCUUGGUCAUUGUGUUGGUAAUAUACUCCCAUGUUGUUUCUUAACCCCCAAAACAGAUUAUACUAUAUUAACUCAAUUUGAACUCGGUCGGUCUCUCAAAGCGGCAGCGGGGAAGAAUGAACCAGCCGAGUGGUGGAGGUGGAGGGUGGUCAGGAAUAUUUAUUGUAGCUGCAGCAGCUCUGUGGAUGUUUUUGUUGCUGUAAAUGACUGUUACAGAAAUAAAAACCUUUCAGUCCUUCA